UGAAACUUCGCGCUUUGUCUCUACGUAUUUUCUUUAUUUUUUUUGGUCACUCUUUCCUUCCCUUCCCUCUCUCUCCCUCUCUCUCUCUUUCCUUCGUCUCUAACCCUCUCCCCCCGCUUGUUCAACCCACCAUUUUUUUCCCUUUCCCUUCUCUUUUCCAUUCGUUCAUAAAUAUUCGUUCUUGUUCCUGUUGAUCCUCUCCCUGCUGUUUUUAUUUUAUUUUAUUUUAUUUUAUUUCGCUUUUACUCAAGCGUCCUCCCACACGAGCUGUCGGGGUUCUAGAAAGUCAUACCUGUUUUCCCUUUUUUUUAAUUUUUUUUUUAUCUCUUUGGCGCUCGGUGCACCCUACAAGUGCCGUGCUGGUACUUGUACCCAUACAGGUAGACCUUAGCUGUGUACAGUAGUAGCUGUGUUCUCUUGCUUAGUUCAGCCCCGAAAUAGGUCAGACAAGCCUCGUUACGCCUAACCCCCUUUGUGCACCCUAAAGAGCUUGACCUCCCGCAAACUCGACGCCUCCGGUCUCUCUCAGCCGCUCCGGCUCUCGUUCUCCAAUUGUUCUUCCUGGUCUCUCUUCCACCGUCAUUCUUUUCAAUCAACAAGCCUCUCUUGUCGUUGCGGGGCUUCUGGGUUACCUCUUCUUCCAGCCUUCUUCACUUCUUCUCCCUAUAUACUGGCUGGCAAUUAAUACAGUACGAAGAGCACUCGUCUCCAGGGAUCAUUUUUUUCACCUCCAUUAUUUACUUAUUUUUUCAUCCCAUUAUUCUAUUUUGUUCUUAUUUUAAUUUCUCCUUUCUGCUCAGAAUAGCCCCUUGAGGCUGUCGGAUCGUCGAGGCUCGAGUCCUCGAUUAUCAGUGCUGAGAUGUUGAGCUUUAGGAGGGCAAUUGUGUUGUCUGUUUUCCUAUUAUUUUGUAUCUUCUACUUGUACCCACGAAAUCCUCGGUCUCCUCACGAACCGGAACCUACACCCGGACACCAGACUUCUGAGGGUAAAGGAGUAGGUCAAGUAUCAAACGGGAGGAAACCGUCAAGACCACAUAUCCCCAAGGAAGCUAAGCAGCAACAGCAAUUAUCGUUGGCCGAGAUCAGAAAUCUCCCUCUGACCGAGCAACUUGCCUAUCAGUUCCCCUACCAGGUGUCCUCAAAAUUCCCCGCGUAUAUCUGGCAAACAUGGAAGUUUACGCCCGCGAGUCCGGAUUUUGAGGAGAGAUUCCGUAUUACAGAAGCAAGUUGGACUGAAAAGCACCCGACAUUUGUCCACGAGGUUAUCACCGACCUUGUUGCAAAGUAUCUCAUUGAGCACCUGUACUCUGCGGUCCCGGAUGUCCUCGAGGCUUACCGAGCUCUCCCGCUUCCCAUCCUCAAAGCUGAUUUUUUCCGUUACCUAAUUCUCCUUGCUCGUGGCGGGAUCUAUUCUGAUAUCGACACUCUGGCCUUGCAGCCUGCACCGGAUUGGAUCUCGUCGAAUUUCAAACUCAAUCAAAUCGGACUUGUCAUUGGGAUCGAAGCUGAUCCGGAUAGACCCGACUGGGCGGAUUGGUAUUCCCGUAGGGUGCAGUUUUGCCAAUGGACAAUUCAGUCAAAGCCUGGACAUCCAGUCUUGAGAGAGAUUGUAGCCAACAUCACCAUGAAGACAUUGAGGAGGAAAAAGGCUGGAAAGCUCCAGGGGAACCACAAUAACGUUAUAGAAUGGACGGGACCUGCGGUUUGGACUGACGUUAUCUUUGAGUACUUCAAUGACCCGAAAUACUUUGAUAUGAGCUCGUCAAAGGGCGACAUUUCGUGGCAGAAUUUUACUGGAAUGGAGGAACCUAAGAAAGUUGGGGAUGUCGUCGUAUUGCCGAUUACGAGUUUCUCUCCGGGAAUUGGCCAUAGCGGAGCGAAAGAUGAAGACCACCCCAUGGCAUUUGUUAAACAUGAGUUUGAGGGUUCGUGGAAACCGGAAUCCGAACGCGUAGUAGUUCCGGCAGAGGAAGCAGCAGGCCAACAGUGAAUUACGGAUUGUUUGCAACUCAUCCGAAAAGCGAUUGGAACAACCAGGGUUACGAUUUCUACGAAAAAUUUAGCGCAGGAUUCGACCCUCUCUCUUAUUUUCCCCGGAAGAGAGAGAGCAAAGUGGAGCCAACAGAAAAAUAAAAAAUUUAGCAUGGUAGCAUAUAGACGGUGGACGGAGGGUUGUUCCUUGUUUAAUUUUCCUUUUACUAUUUUUCAUCAUGCCCUUGAGCAGUCGACCAGCUGUCUUCCCGGCGAAGAUUAACAUCUUGCUUGAUAUACCCAUUUGGAGUUGGUCUCUGUGUGCCGAAUACCAGUGCAUUCAUUUGCGGUUUUUGUUCGGGUCAUCUGAUGGGGUUGGGGAGAGAGAGAAAAAGGCAUCAACGGAUUAGCACUUAUUUGUUUCAAAAGGUGUUGUUUUACUUGUUCACUUGUACAAACAUUUUUUCCUAACCUCUAUCCCUUCCCCUUUCCAAUUGUAUACAUAUCUCGGGGGUUUGAUGGAUGACUUUUCUGUUUUUUCUAAUAGUAUGUUGGUUUUUUUUUUUUUUUUGCUGGAUUAUGAUAUUUCCAUUGCUUUCCCCCCC